AGAAAGCUUUGCCUCCACCAAAAACACCACAUCGGGGUUGGGCUGGUCCGCAUCGCACCCAACCCAACCCAUCACCCGGCCACCUUCCACUAACCCAUCCCUCCGUCCCUCGUCACUCUUCCCCAUGCUGCAACCGGGCCCACAAUAUCUGGUCCCACUCGUCAUUGUAACGAAUAAAGCUAUAAUUAAAGCACAUGGCGGAGAGCAAGGGAAAAUUAUUUUCUCGCCAACGGCAAGUACCAGAUUUAUCUAUCUCCCGACGGCGCCUCCGCCUCCGCCUCCGCCUCCUCGUCCAGAUCCAAAUCCGAACCCUGAUCCGCGCGCGCCCAUGGAUUUCUUCAGCUCCGUCUUCUCCGCCCCCGCCCCCGCCCCCACCGCCGAGCAGGGCGACGAGGAGGAGGAGCAGGAGAAGCAGGAGGACGAGCAAGAAGCGGCGGCGGAGGCGGGAGAGGAGGAGGAGGCGGAGGAGUCCGGCGGCGGGUGGAUCUUCGGUGGGCUGAUCAAGACUCUAAAGGAGGAGAUUGAGGAGCAGCGGAAAGAGCAGGAGGCGGCCGCCGCCGCGGAGGAGGCCCAGCGGGGAGCCGCGGCGGACGGGGAGAGGGAGGCUGACACCGGCGGCGGGUGGAUUUUCGGCGGCCUGAUCAAGACGCUCGCGGAGGAGAUAGAGGCGCAGCGGAAAGAGCAGGAGGCAGCCAGCGCGGCGGAGGAGGGAGAGCGGGGAGCCGAGGCGGAAGCGGAAGCGGAGGCGGAGGCGGCGGAUGGGGAUGAGUUUGAGGAGGGGAAAGUGGAGGGUUCCGGCGGCGGAUGGAGCUUCGGGGGGCUUAUCAAGACGCUCGCGGAGGAGAUAGAGUCGCAGCGGAAAGAGAAUGAGUCCGCCGCCGCUGCGGAGGAGGAGGAGGGCGAGCGGGGAGCCGAGGCGGAAACCGCGGCGGCUGAUGAAGGGGAGGGUUCCGGCGGCGGAUGGGGCUUCGGGGGGCUGAUCAAGACGCUCGCGGAGGAGAUAGAGUCGCAGCGGAAAGAUAAUGAGUCCGCCGCCGCUGCGGAGGAGGAGGGCGAGCGGGGAGCCGAGGAGGAAACCACGGCGGCUGAUGAAGGGGAGGGGGAUGGUGAGGGUUCCGACGGCGGGUGGAGCUUCGGCGGGCUGGUGAAGACGUUCGCGUCGCGGUCGGAGUCGGUGAUCGGGGGCUACCGCCGCGACCUCCAGGACCUCGGCUCCGGCCUCCGCCUCGAGACCGCCGCCCUCCGUGCGGCCGCCGCGCGCGCCGCAGCGGUGCUCCCCGGCGCGCUAGAGGCUGGCGCGUCCGCCGCUUCCGACAGGCUCGAAUCCGUCGGCCAGGCCGUCGACGACCUGGGCGCCACAGCUGCCGUCCUCCUCUCGCACGCCAACGAGGCCCUCCGGUCCGCCGAGGCUGACGGCGAGGGUGUCGACGGCGGCUCCCGCCCCUCUGACACUGCUGCUUCCGGAGCCUCCUGGCGCGCGUCCCUGUCGUCCAAGAAGUACACCAGGUUCGAGGCACAGGUCCUGGCACUGCGUGCUGACCCCACCACGUUCACCGAGGAGCCUGAGGACGUUGAGGGGUUUGCCCGGUGGAGGGUAUUGUUCUCAAUUGACGAGAUGAGGGAGCAGAUAGAGGGGGUGCUCCGGGAAAGCCCUGGACUGGUGAGCUUUGUGGAGAGGCUUGUACCGUCGGUUGUGGAUAAUGAGACAUUCUGGUGCCGGUAUUUCUUUGCGGUCAAUAAGCUCAAGCAGGCGGAGGAUGUCCGCACCAAACUCGUGAGCAGGGCCAUGUCGAAGGAGGACGAUGAGGAACUCAGCUGGGACAUCGAUGACGAAGAUGAUGAUAACAAUGUUGGUGAUCACAAAGAAGACACAUACUCCAUGGCAAAAAAGAAAGAGGAGCAAAUAGAAGAGCCUGUUAACCGCAAACCAGAGGGCAGUGGGAAACAAGAAGCAGUGGCUGAAAAUGAUUCGGCAGAAGAUAAGGAGACAGAUUUGACGGCAGCAAAGGAUGGUAAUGGUGAAUCCAAUGGUGAGACAGCAACACCGAAGUCGAGCGAUGGUCUGGGGCGAGAAGAGAAGGCUGAAGCUGGUGACUCAUCCAAGGAGAGUGAUUUUUCAGUGGUGUCUCAACCAUCAGCGCAGGAGGAAUAUCUUAGCUGGGAGGAGAUUGAGAAUGUCAGCGAUCAAGAUGAGAAGAAAGGGGCAAAUCCACAGUCAAGCUCUGCUAGCAAAGUGGAGGUUCUCCAAAAACGUCUUAAUUCUGUGGAAGAUAAUGAGGACCUGAGUUGGGAUGUGGAUGAGUAGAAAGAACCUGUGCAGCCCUAGAUUGAGUGGUCUGAAGGCCUUUAAGUUAAAGAAACUACCAUAGUUUUGCCUCUUUGGGCAUGAAUUGGAUCUAUACGGUGCACCGAUGAAAUGAAUACAGUUUAUGGAUGGAUUGACAUACGAUGUGAAUAUUGUGAUGAGACGCCAGUGAUUAAUAUUCAACGGGGGCUGUAUGUUUGAUUAGUCCCCUUGUAUGAUCUUGAUUGAAUGGUAGUUUUCUUCUGUUAUGGUUUGCAAUUUGUUUUCACGUAGUAUUCAUUUGUUGCUAGUCGAAUAUGUACUCCUUCAUGUUUGAAUAUGACACAAUUAGGCCAUUUACGUAGUGUAGCGAUAGAUUCAUAGUCAACAUCUGAAUUUGCGAAACUAUUUGUCCAGUGUGACUGUAGUUCAUUAAACGUACUCUUGUAUAGGUAGUUUCUAUACUCAGUAACCACUGAACUUUGGGAGUUCCCAGAUUAUUUAGGGAAUAUAGCCGUCUUCUGAUCUUC